UUAAGUAGAGCGACACCACCAACUGUGUGAAAUGAACUUGAACGGACAUGCAGAGUCAAGUCUUCUAUUCAGCUAUUUAGACAAGCCAUUUCAUCGAUAGCCCGGAAAUGUGCAUAUGUCUGACCUGUUGUCUUCACUUGCACCUGCUUGACUUUGCCGACAGCUACGGCACCUUCUUUGUUACGGGAGUCAAACACAAUCAAUCAGCAAGUCGCAACUGCACCUUUUGAAGACACAGAUUGAUCGUUUGCCUCUUUUAUCUCACCACCUUUCCUUUUCUUCACCAUCCACUCUCACAAUCAAGUUCACUUCACAGGGUCCAGCAGCACCCCAAAACAGAUAUAACCUUGCUCUGAGCAGUAAUCGACUGUCCACCAAUACCAGUCAUGGCUGAAGUGACCUCUCCCACGAAGACCAAGACUGAGUCACCUAUGAAGAGUGAUUCCACCACCAAACCGGAAAGUACUGCAAUGGAGAAGGCCACCAAAGGCGACGUGCCCUCAUCAGACAGUGUCAAACCCAUGUCUCCAGCAUCUACCACAAAUACCAACGGAGCUGCGAAGACAGCAGCACCAAGAGUUUACAAUGAGCACAAGUUUGACCCUGCUACCGAGGAAGAGAUCCGCUCGAUCAUGUUCAAUGCACGCAACAUCUCAGAGGACAGUCAGUGCAAGACUGAAACAGAUGUCGUUAAGUUGGCGACGCUGACCACCAACCUCAUACAGCUGUUGAAUGCCGAGUACAUUGCUAAAGACGUCAUCGUUCGAGCCGUUGCUUACAUGCAGGGAGAAAGUCAUCUCUCACCCUACCGUGCCCUCAUCAAAGCUCACUAUGACCGCAAAGCAGCUCGCCGUAACAGCCACAAUGGUCAACACCCUCGCAACGUCAGCAAUCAGCAAAACAGAGCCCGAGCUGUCAGUGACGGCGCGAAGAAAGCUCUUGGUGAUGUUCAGGAAGAAUCCACCGUUGCUGAUACACCUCACAAGCCUGAGGCCGACUCCAGCGUCAUAGCAUCUCCUUCCCAAGCAAGUUCCACUGGCGAAUCGACGGCCAACGGUACAGGUUCCGACAAAGAGAAUAGCUCUCCCAAGAGUUCGGGUUCAAAGUCCACCAAGUCCACCAAGUCCAAGAAGAAGAAUUAUUGGAAGUCAAGACGUGAAGCGAAGAAGGCUUCGAAGGCUACGGCAGGGAAUGUAGACAAGGGUGGACAAAUUGGAAAAGCUGUUGCUACCAAUGGCGCGGCCGACCAAGAGGACGACACUACCGACAUGAAGGACAAUGACACGGCCACUGACAACGGCAAGGAGACUUCUGGUGGACGUCAGGAAGGGGUCAAUGUGAAGGCCUGAAUGUUUCAAGCAUCGCUGAUGCUUGAAAAACAAGCCAUGCUUCUAGGAGCGUUACAGCCACAUCGGGAGCAGGGAUGAUAUUACAUAUUUACCUUGGUACAUUUAGAGAUGACCCAAGACAUCAGACAAGGCUUUGACUGAAAACUGGCAGACGUAAACGUG